AUGGCGAAGUCACGGGAAGAGGCUCUGAAGGGGGUUGAGGCUAUUUUUGAAAGAUACCGCUUAAUCACUCAAUCCCAAAAUCUCAAAGGAUUCGACUCGCAUGUCAUGAACAAUAUCAAGGUUGUCGAUGCCACCACCUCAGGAACCGUAACAUUCGAAUUUCUCAUUGAUGAGCAAUAUGCCAAUAUCAACAACGUGAUGCACGGGGGAGCCGGUGCCGUAAUAUUCGACAUGUGCACUACAAUUGCACUAGGACCAGUCGCCAAACCCGGAUCAUGGGAUUUCCUUGGUGGUGUAACGAGAACACUUAAUUUAAGCUACUUAAGAGCUGUUCCUAUCGGAACCACAGUUCGUAUCUACACCGAAGUAAUCCAAUACGGGAAAACAAUGGCAAUGCUCCGAGGGAGCAUGACUAGUCUAGAUGGAUCGAUAGUUUAUUGCACGUGUGAACAUCAUAAAGUGCGGGUACCGACUAAGAAAGAACAUUUAGAGCACAAGGUAGAAUGGGAUGGAUUAUGGACGAAAGAUGCAGAGACGAAGUCGAAAUUAUAA